AAUAUGAACAUGUCAGAGGACAAGCUCUCGGACUACGAUGACAAUUACAUCUGCGAUGAGGAUCAGGGUCCAGAAUUGCAGAAUGGAUCCACGGUCAUGCUGGUUUUUUACUACAUGGUGUUUUGUCUAAGUGUGAUAGGCAACACCACGGUGCUCUGGGUUCUCCUCCGGUACAUAAAGCUGAAGACGAUGACGGACGUAUGCCUCCUCAACUUGGCCCUGUCUGACCUCAUACUGGCUGUAACUCUGCCACUCUGGGCCUACAAUUAGCCAAACCUGGCGUCAUGCAAACUGAUGACAGGAGGCUAUCAGCUGGGUUUCUACAGUGGGACCUUGUUUGUGACCCUAAUGAGCGUGGACUGCUACCUGGCCAUCGUCCAAGCCGUCGCAGCCAUGCGAGCCCGGACACUUCGCUACGGAGUCAUAGCCAGCAUCACAAUCUGGCUUAUUUCUGUCAUCAUGGCACUGCCUGGGGUGACGUUCGCUUCUUUGGAGAUGUACGAAGACAACAACAGCUCCGAGUGCCAGCCGCUGUACCCAGAGGACCGGCAGCUCUUUUGGAAGAUACUGCGAAACUUCAGCGAGAACAUAGUGGGCCUUUUCAUUUGCCUCCCCAUCAUGAUCUUCUGCUAUGUGAAAAUCCUGGUUGUGUUGUCCAGGUGCAGGAACGCCAAAAAGGAUCGAGUUGUGAAGCUAAUAUUCACCAUAGUGUGUGUGUUUGUGGUGUGCUGGGUCCCCUACAACGUCACAGUCUUCCUUCAAACACUGCAGCUGUUUCUGGACAUCCUGGACACAUGUAAGGCUUCAAAAAGCAUCAACUCCGCCGUGCACGUUGCUGAGAUCAUUGCACUGUCUCACUGCUGUGUGAACCCAGUCAUCUAUGCUUUUGUAGGGGAGACGUUUAGGAAGUCACUGGGCAAUGUGUUGCCUAGAUACCUCUGCUGGAGUCAUGAGAGCAGAAGGACUGUCAGCACCAGAGACACCAUGGAGAAAGAGACUUCCAACACACCUGUAAAAUCAGAUUAUUAA